AUGCGUUUUCCGCUCCCUGCUCUUCUAACUACCUUUGUCAUCCGUCAGUGGACAAGUGCUGGGUCAACAAGAACGACCGGUAAUCGGACCGACGUUGCUGCUCGGAACGUGUCCGCUGUUUCGCCAAGCCCGGAGGCCAAGGUGUCCGUCGAGUCUUCACGCUCGCAGACGCAGGGUCGGGUCACGGGGAAGGUGUCUGUCGAGCAGGGAGACCAAGAGGAAAGGGCUGUGUGGUCCGAACUGCCAGACGCAAGGGUGGUGAUGGGUGUGGAGGAGUUCCUUUCCAGUUUGCCAUUGGAUCUUCACACAGGUUCAAGCGAGAUUAAGAAGAUCAUCAAGCAAACGGGGAUGCUUGUCACUCAUGAGAGGCUCGAGACGUGGCUGCGCGACUUUCAAACUUCUAGUCAAACGUUUCGUAACGACGACUUGAUAAAUGCAUUAGUGCAUUCCGGACACGGAGGAGCACUGGCAGAGCUUUUUCUCAGACUUCGGGGCAUUGAUAGUUUGAAGAGCCGUGCGGAAGCGAUGCAGAGUGCUCUAUUGGAAGAGUACCCGGAUGCAUUCUCAAAGGUGUCAGAGGUGUGGCUAACGUCAGAGUUGAAUCCUAAAGAAGCGUGGUCCAUGCUGCCCGUCUCAGUGCAACAAUGCUCCUGGAAGGCUGCAAGCGCAAACCUAGAGUGGCCUGCCGCCAUUAAAAUGAUCUCGCAUUGGCUUGAUUAUGUUGAUAAGUACCGAGCUCUGUAUCGAACGUUUGGCGAUGGUCAAGUUAUUGAAGUGUUGGCGGGCAACAGACGGAAGGAUGCGGUGAAGGAGCUAUUCCGUCAGCUUCAAACCGUCCGCGAUACGAAACACCUCCAAAACCGGAUGCUGAUGGAUUCGACGCGGCGGCGCCAGCUCACGAUGAAUACGGGAAUAAAUUCGGAUCCUGAACAAGUUUUUGGCACGAUGCAUGAUUUUGUAGUGACAAAGCAUCAGGGUUCCCGUCGAAACGUGUGGUCCAACGAGUUGUUUUUGUUCGAGGAUUGGCUCGAUUAUGUCUACAAGUACCGGUGCCAGUUUCCAGAUCGCAAGUUCAGCGACUAUCAAGUGAUCAAAGUGUUGACGAGACACAUAGAAGAUAAAGAGCUGAAGAAGAUGUUCUACAGGCUUCGAAACGCUCCUGGCAUGGAGCCCCGCGCAAACAAGAUGUUACAUGUUUUGGCACUGCAACGUGAGUUCGACCAGCGGCUGGUACAAGGUUUGACUCCUGCAGACGUGUAUAGCCAAAUGCCGAUUGCACAGGAAUUAGACAAGUCGCUACCAUUUCUAGGGAAGUCGCGCUGGCCUUUCAUCUUGUCUAUGCUGGAGGAUUGGCUUGAAUAUGUGGACCAGUACCGGUACCAUUUUCUGGCUCGCAAGUUCAGCGACUAUCAUGUGGUCAAAGUGUUGGCGAGACACAGACCAAUGGAAGAGGUGGAGGAGAUGUUCCACAGGCUUCGAAAUGUCUCUGGCAUGGGGGCCCGCGCAAACGAGAUGUUACAUGUUUUGGCACUGCAACGUGAGUUCGACCAGCGGCUGUUACAAGGUUUGACUCCUGCAGACGUGUAUGACCAGAUGCCGAUUGCUCAGGAAUUAGACAUGUCGCUACCAUUUCCAGAGAAGUCGCGUUGGCCUGUUGUCUUUUCUAUGCUGGAGGAUUGGCUUGAAUAUGUGGAGCAGUACCGGUACCAGUUUCCGGAUCGCAAGUUCAGCGACUAUCAAUUGGUCAAAGUGUUGGCGAGCAGCAGACCAAUGGAACAGGUGAUAGAUAUCUGCCACAUGCUUCAAAAAAUUCUUAGCACGAAGUCUCGCGCGAACAAGAUUUUCAACGCUGCAGUAUUGCAACACAAGUUCGAUGAGUGGCUGGUACAAGGUUUGAGUCCUGCAGCAGUUCUCCCCCGGAUGCCGAUCGCACAGGAAUUAGACGAGUCGAUCCCGGUCUUAGACGAGUCACGUUGGCCUUUUGUCUUGUCUAUGCUGGAGGACUGGCUUGAAUAUGUGGACCAGUACCGGUACAAGUUUCCGGCUCGCAAGUUCAGCGACUAUCAUGUGGUCAAAGUGUUGGCGAGACACAGACCAAUGGAAGAGGUGGAGGAGAUGUUCCACAGGCUUCGAAAUGUCUCUGGCAUGGAGGCCCGCGCAACCAAGAUGUUACAUGUUUUGGCACUGCAACGUGAGUUCGACCAGUGGCUGGUACAAGGUUUGAGUCCUGCAAAAGUGUAUGACCAGAUGCCGAUUGGUCGGAAAUUAGACAUGUCGCUACCAUUUCUAGGGAAGUCGCGUUGGCCUUUCAUCUUGUCUAUGCUGGAGGAUUGGCUUGAAUAUGUGGAGCAGUACCGGUACCAGUUUCCGGAUCGCAAGUUCAGCGACUAUGAAGUAAUCGAAGUGCUGGUGGGUGCAAGAGGUGUUGCGAGUGCAGUGAAGAUGUUCCACGAGCUUCGAAACCGCUCUGGCAUGAGGUACCUCGCAGACCAGUUGCAGAGAGGGUUGAUUUCAACAUCAUCACCUCCGCGGGAAGCAUUGAAGUUCGUGUCAAGAUUCUGGAUCAAAUCAAACUUGAAUCCUGCAGACGCUUACCGCAUGUUGCCCUUUCCAGUGGAAACACCCAAUUUGGAAGCCGCUGCAAAGGCGGCAAAGCGGCGUAAUGUCCGUGCCAUUAUCGCAUUUUGGAUAAGGUAUGUUUUAGAGUAUCGAUCUCUGGGUCGAGAUUUCACCAAAGAUCAAGUACUGGAACUGCUAGCUCGCAGCAGUCAAAAGGAAAUGGUAGCAGAUCUUUUGCAUAGCCUUUGA